AUGUUUUGCCUCCGGCUGCGAGAGCAAGGCAACCUCUGCGAGUAUGGUGACCACUUGGACGACGAAAUCAAGGAGCAGAUUUUCGAGAAAGGCGCGUCGGAUGAUCUGCGCGCGAAGAUUUUAAAUAAGCCGCAGAUGACUCUGGCCGAAACAGUUGAAGCUGGUCGUUCAUUGGAGACAAUCGGAAAGCACAAGAACAAUUCGGCGCUGGGCCCAGCACCGGUGGAGAGCGGUGUGGAGGUAAACAAAAUCCGAUCGAGGACUCGGCUGAACCGGGAGUGCUAUCGUUGCGGCAAGUUGGGUCAUUUCGCCAACGACGAGAACUGCCCGGCGAAAGACCAGAAGUGCAAGCGCUGCGGCAUGGUGGGACACUUUAAGAAUUGCUGCAAGACGAAGAAGCACAAGUCAACGAAGGGAAAGCGGUUGCGGCAGGUGACUGGUCGACACGGAAGUGAUUCGGAGGACUCGGACGAGUUGGAGCAGCUAAGUGAUGACUCGGAGGAGGAGAGCGUCCAGUAUUUGUUUGCAACAGAGCCAGGACGAAAAGGUACAGUUGCCUGCACUGUGGGAAGCGUUCGAACUAACUUGGUGAUUGAUUCGGGUGCCGGCGUUAACGUAAUCGACCGACGAACCUGGGAGCAACUCAAGAAAGAAAAAGUCCGCGUCAAGUCCCAAAAGCCUUUGGUAAAGAAAACUUUGAUUUCGUAUUCUGGCCAUCCCGUUGAAGUUGCUGGAAUGUUCUCGGCGGAAGUGGCAACAAAGAGGACGUCCACUGUUGCCAAGUUCUACGUUGCCGAAAACGGAACCUGCUGCUUGCUGGGUCGGAAGACGUCAGAAGCGCUCGGAAUACUGAACAUCAAUAGGGAAGCGUGCGCUCCGCUCACACAGGGAGGUCGUGCAGCGGCUAUAAAGUUGAAAUGUCAGCUGGAAUAG